AUGUCUGGAGCUGGUACAAAGGUCAAAGAUCCACACUCAAUCAUCAAAGAGGGUGCCGGAGCAAUAGCAUCAGAUUCCCUUGCAGCCGAAUCUACGAGAGCUGGCGGAGACUUCGCUAAAAAUCGCGACGGUGAACCGUUAGGCGUCGCAGGCGCAAACUCUACAUUUGCAAAUACCAAUACAUCUGGAGCUACUCGUCUAGAUCCUGCUUCCGAUGCUGAAGCACGAAUGGCGACUGAAGAUUGGGCGGAAGAGAAGAAACUUGGAGUUACUGGUUCAUACCAGAAAGAUGUCGGCAACCCCAAUGUAAAAGAGAGCACAAGUAAUGCGGGGGUCGCACCGAGUUAUGUGUCCAAUCAAUACCAGUCUGGCGGCAAACCGAAAGGAAAGAACUUGACGGAAGGGGGAUUUGAGAGUAAUGAUGCAAAGAAUGCGAGUUUUACUUCAGAAAUUGGAUCGAAGAAUGAUCCGAGUCGACUUGCUGAGCAGAAGAUGCAGAGAGAGAAUGCUCAGUCAGCAAAUGAUGCAGGCUUCCCCAGGGAUAACAACGCAACGGGUGGAACUCCAUAUGAUGCUUUAGGUGGUGAUACCGCAGCUUAA